AUGACAUCGUUCGGAGCUACAGAAAUAGUUCGAAAUACUAAUGCAAAUGGUCAACAAUUCAAUUCUACAUUCAAAAUCAGAGGCCAAGUUUAUCAUAAAAUGGGCUCACUGAUGCCAAUGCCAAACGAACCACAUAAAUUCUUACAAAUAUACUUUAUGGGCGGAGAUGAUUCCGGAAGCGCACUUGCCAAUCGCGUGAAUGCACGUUUUUAUUAUAAUAACCUUGAUUCACUUUAUGCCAGGCGCAUCGUCGGCGAGCUAGAUGCUCUUUUGAACGAGCACAACGAGUUGUUGAAAAUAUUCAAAUCACAUAUGCACCAAUUACAAAGCGAUAAUCACGCUAUCGUCAUUAAUCCUGAUAAAACACCAGCUGGAGAGCAUUUUCGUAGAUUCAAUGCACCCGUUGUUGAUGAUGUUGCUGGAAUCAUGGUUGGCGAUUGCACAGCUGCACGAGAAAUUGUGAUUCGUAGAAGAAAUAAUAACUUUCAGUUCAUUGCUGACACACAUCGUUCAUAUGACGCUCUCCAAUAUCUGCUAAUAUUCUGGAAGGGACAAGACGGAUAUUGCAUAAACAUAAAACAACGAGAUCCCGUAUCAGGAGUUGAAACAAACAAGAACGUUAGCUCAAAGGAUUAUUAUGCGUACCGAUUAAUAAUGAUUAGACGUGGCCUGGACAACGUAAUUUUACGAUGUCGUGAGCUUUGUCAACAAUUCAUGGUCGACAUGUACGCGAAGAUUGAGAGCGAACGACUACGAUACUUACGAUAUAAUCAACAAAAGCUGCGCGCGGAAGAGUACAUUCAUUUGCGAGACGCUAUUAACAACAACGCUGACGUCGCCGAAAUUGGUAACCAUGUCAUUUUACCAUCAUCGUACGUAGGCAGUCCACGUCAUUUGCAAGAAUAUAUACAGGAUGCUCUGACUUACGUGCGCGAAUAUGGACGACCAUGUUUAUUUUUCACAUUCACAUGUAAUCCAAAAUGGCCAGAGAUUACAUCUUUGCUACUGCCUGGCCAAUAUGCAACACAUCGCCAUGACAUUACAGCACGUGAUGUGUUCAGACAAAAGUUGAAGUCUUUAAUAAGUUUCAUUACUAAAUCACAUGUAUUUGGUCCCACACGUUGCUGGAUGUAUUCGGUUGAGUGGCAAAAGCCAGGAUUACCUCAUGCACACAUUUUGGUUUGGUUCAUCGACAAAAUCCGUCCUGAAGAAAUCGAUAGUAUCAUUUCUGCGGAAAUUCCAGAUCCAUCCACCGACCAACUGCUGUUUGAUAUUGUUACAACAAACAUGAUUCAUGGUCCAUGUGAUACUCUUAAUAAUUUUACCAAUGAUGCGGUCACAAAUGUCGACGGAUACCCAAUAUAUCGUCGAAGAAAUCAAGAAAAUGGCGGACAGUCAUUUAUUAAAAAUAUCAUCAACACAGACAUUGAUAUUGACAAUCGUUGGGUAGUGCCAUAUUCGCCUCUGCUGAUCAAUACAUAUAAUGCUCAUAUUAAUGUUGAGUUCUGCAGUUCUGUGAAGAGCAUCAAAUACAUUUGCAAGUAUGUUCAUAAAGGCAUGAAUAAAAACGAUGAAAUAACGCUCUACCAAAUUGGUCGGUACAUCAGCUCCAAUGAAGCUGCUUGGCGUAUCUUUGGUUUUCCAAUUCAUGAACGGGAUCCAGCAGUUGUUAAGUUAGCCAUCCAUCUUGAAAACGGUCAGCGUGUAUUUUUCACGAAAGAGACAGCGAUUGAUCGUGCAAUAAAUUCACCUAAAACUACACUUACUGCAUUUUUUGAAUUGUGUAAUUGUGUGGAUGAUUUUGGUGCCUUUGCACGAACAUUACUCUAUUCACAAGUACCACACUAUUUCACAUGUACUCAAACAAAAACAUGGAUGCCCCGCAAGCAAGGCUCACCAGUUUCUGCAUGUCUCAAUUUAUUUAAAUCAAACGCCUUGGGGCGAUUAUUUACAGUCAAUCCAAGACACACGGAGUGCUUUUAUCUUCGACUGUUGUUGGUUAAUGUUACUGGCCCAUUAUCAUUUCAAGAUAUACGUAAAGUGAAUGGGCAACAAUAUCCAACGUAUAAAGAUGCAUGCCUUGCACUCGGCUUGCUUGAAGACGACAACCAGUGGGAAUGCAUGCUUGCUGAAGCUGCAUUGAACUGUACAGCAAUACAAAUUCGUCUACUAUUCGCUAUAGUGUUGACUACAUGUUUCCCAGCCCGAGCACAGAUAUUAUGGGGAAAUCACAAAGAUUCAAUGACUUGCAUCAACAUCGUAUACGGUGCCACGAUCUAA